CAAGGGAGGGACUUGUUUUAAAAAAAAAAAAAAACACAUCACAGAGGAAUACAAGGUGUGGAAACGCAAGUCUAACAAGCUUACGGAGAAAAAAGGUUGCCUUGACAGACGGAUGUUUUGCAACAAAGUCUAACAACAGAAAUUUUGCGCACAGGGAUGGAUAUAGAGCUAAUGAAGGCUAAAAAACAUUGAAAACUGUUCAUGUUUCAGAUAAUCACCAGUAAACAAGAAAGCAGUGUGUUUUUGAGUUUCCUAUUUCGGACACAAGGAUGGAAGAUCAGAAGUGGAAAACACUGGUCCUGCAAGGUGAUAGGAGUACAUGGCUUACACCAUCAUGCCUCCCUGAACUACUACAACUGAAGUCAUUGUACCCCAUGGCUCCUUUAGUGGUGGGGAACACAUUUAUAGGACCUCAGAUCAAAUUGGUUGGAUCAUUCUAUCCUGUUAUUAUCUCACCAGCCCGAGUUCCAGAGCUGAGCAUUGUAAGCUAUUCUGAAAAAGGUAUAACAAUCGGCGCAGCCUGUAGUCUGGCAUUAGUAAAAUCUAUUUUGUCUGAGGCCGUAUCUCAGCUACCAGAAGAGAAAAGUAAGAUUUUUCGAGUCAUUAUGCAUCAGCUGGCAGGGCAGCAAAUUCGGAGUGAUGCGUCACUGGGAGGGAGCAUUUUAAGUGGAAGUUCUUCAUGGGAGCUGAAUCCUAUUCUUGCCGUUGGAAACUGCACAUUUAAUCUGGCAUCAAAAGACAGGAAACGACAAGUCACCCUUAGACAGCUGCUCUUUGAUGAACCUGGCAAAGGGUCACUGAGGCCUGAAGAGAUUUUAAUCUCUGUCAACAUUCCAUUUUCCCAGAAGUGGGAGUUUGUUUCGGCUUUCAGACAAGUCCAAAGAUGGGGAAAUGCAGCACCUGCUUCUGUUGCUGCCAUAAAAGUUAUAUUCAGAGAAGGCACGGAUCUUAUCCUGGGUAUGGACAUGUAUUAUGGUGGGUCUGAGCCUGCUCGUGAAUUUGCACAGAUAGUCAGCGAACAUCUGAUUGGCAGUCACUGGAAUGAGGCAAUGUUGGAUGAAGCUUGUAGAUUUUUUUUGGAUGAGGUGCCAGUUCAAGAUUCCGCUCUAUUUGGGGUGGUGGUAAAUGAGAGAACUCUAACAAUCAGCUUCCUCUACAAGUUUUACCUUCAGGUCUUGAAGGAAUUAAAGCAAUUAGGAAACUUUCUCCACCCCACCAAUCCGGAUUCUCCACUUUCCCCAUACAGUCUGUACAAUGGUAACAAUCCAAUGAACCACUAUCAACAGAGAACCUCAAAUGGAUUCCAUGUUAACUAUGAUGAUAAUCCACAGGAUCGAUAUGAACACACCAAUGGGAAUCACAUGACGCACAAGUCACAUGUCCUGCAGACCAUUGUGGAGGAAGAGUAUGAUGAUGAAGAUGACAUCCCUGUGGAAGGGCAGCUCUUUUUGGCUUUAGUAACCAGCCAAAGGCCUCAUGCAAAAAUAAUGUCCAUACACACAGAUGAGGCUCUGAAAGUUCCUGGGGUCUUUGAUGUAUUAACUGCUUCUGAUGUCUCAGGGACAAAUGGAUCUUAUUUUUUUGCAGAAAAUGAGGUACAUUACGUGGGACAGGUCAUUUGUGCUGUACUGGCUGACACACACAAUCAUGCUAAACUUGGAGCAGCACGUGUGAGGAUCGACUAUUAUGACCUAGAACCAGUAAUAUUUUCUGUUCAGGAUGCUAUUAAACAUAAGUCAUUAUUUGAGCCUGUUAGAAAAUUGGAGCAAGGGAAUGUCGAGGAUGCUUUUACAAGUGCUGAUCAUAUUUUGGAAGGUGAGGAAUAUAUUGGAGAUCAAGAGGAUGUUGAGUAUGGUACACAGACUGUGCGCGUGAUACCUCGUGAAGACGAUAAUGAGCUGGAUGUGUAUGUACCAACACAGGAUCCUUUGUCUGUCAAAGCAUCAGUGGCGUCAGCAAUAAAUAUCCCAUCUGAUUUCAUCAUCUGCCAUACAGAGCCAGGAAAUUUAGGUACCCGCUGUCCUUACCAAGAUUCUGUGGCCGCUAUCACAGCAGUGGCUGCUCUCAAGACUGGUCAAAUAGUACAGUGUGUUACUGAACACAGAAAAGGUGCCUCUGGAUACAGUCAUCAGCCUAAAUAUCUUGAGAAAUACAAGGUGGGGUACAUGAAUGAUGGGAGAAUCGUUGCAUUGGAUGUCACAUAUUAUUGUAAUGUUGGAUAUCUACCUGAUGAGUCACACAAAGUACUUGCUGUGUCUUUGCUGGGUCUCCAGAAUGCAUAUAGCAUUCCCAAUAUCCGAUGUUCUGUGACUACUUGUAGAACAAAUUUACCGCCAGGGGCACUCUGCAGGGGAUAUGGAUACCCACAAGUGGGGAUGCUCUCAGAGAUAUGGAUAGACACUGUGGCAAACAGAUGCAGUUUACCAGCAGAAAAGGUGCGACAGAUGAAUUUGCACAAAGCCAAAAGCCAGACCUGCAUCAAAAGUGAGUUUAAUGCAGCAAACUUAUUAAAAUGUUGGAAUGAGUGUAUGGAGAGGUCAUCCUACCAUAAGAGAAGAGCCGCAGCCACAGAAAGUAACAAGCAAUGUCCUUGGAAGAAGAAAGGUCUUUCUAUUGUACCAGUGAUGUUCCCUGUUGGGUUUAUUGCUGACUUUCUAAAUCAGUCCUCUGCUCUUGUUCAUAUUUAUAAGGAUGGCUGGGUACUGGUCACUCCUGGAGGAAGUGAGAUAGGACAAGAAACGUACACGAAAAUUAUGCAGGUUGUGAGUCGGGAAUUAAGGAUACCAAUUUCAUUCAUUCACAUCAGUGACAGCAGCACAGCAGUUACAUCUGACAGCUGUACCACAGACGCCUCUAUUGGAAGCACAGCACAUGAGAUUGCAGUGCAGGAAGCUUGCCAGAUUCUCCUACAACGCUUGCAGCCAAUUAUCAGUAUGAAUUCUGAGGCUACGUGGAAGGAUUAUGUGCAAGAAGCUUUCCGACUCAGGAUCUGCCUGUCUGCCACUGGUCAUUACAGGAAUGCUGAAACAAACUUAGACUGGGGCCUUAAGGAAGGCACAGAGAGCCCAGAUUUUAUAUUUGGAGCAGCGUGUUCUGAGGUGGAGUUAAAUUGCCGCACAGGAAUGCACAAGAACUUAAGAACGGAUAUUGUUCUGGAUGUUGGCUCAAAUAUUAGUCAAGAUGUGGAUGUAGACCAGAUUAAACAAGCCUUUAUCCAGGGCAUUGGACUUUUCACUGGUGAAGAUUUCAAAUACUUUGAUGAAGGAGCUGUUAAUGGGUUGCAAACUGGCAGCUCCACCCCCUGCAAUGCACCCGAGCAGCUCAAUGUGUCUCUGCUGACUUCCACCCUGAAUCCCUACAUGACCUGCUCUUGCAGGGGAGUAGAAGAGGUCUCACUGUUCCUGGCUUCCUCUUUGUUCUUCGCUCUAAAAGAUGCUGUCCUUGCUGCCCGAAAUCACAUAGGUCUAACUGGAACCAUCCUGCUGCCUGUCCCUGCUAGGCCUCAGUAUGUGAGGUUAGCAUGUGGUAGUUACCUUACAAGCACAGAGCAAAUCACGCACACGGAGGAAUGUACAGAAAACCAUAUAUCAGAAACCUGACCUUUCACUGGAAGUUUAACAAAGAAAUCAACGUAUUCAUCAAACUACCGCAGACAGAAGAUGGAACAAAACUCUCUAUAUAAGCAUAUGUAUUUAAUAUAACAUUGAUUUUUUUUAAAAAAAAUCUGAAAUAAACAGUUCUUUGAAGGA